GCCACAGCGCGGGCAGGGACAGGUGCGCGCCGAGCGCAGCGCAGGGCACGGCGCGGGGAGCCGCGCGCAGCCGCUCUCCGGGGACCGCGGGCAGCCGAGAAGUUCAUGGAAGCGGCUCAUAACUAACUCCCAUAAAGCCGGGCUGACCUAUCAUUUGAGAAAGGAGGAAAUGAAGCUCUCUCGAAGAGAAUUCAGGCCAUCAACACAAACAGGAGAUGACCUAGAGUGAAGUCAAGAGACAUUCAUCAUUCCCAGUUCAUUGAUGUCCAGCUCUGGGAGCACCCUACCUGGCCACAGAACCAUGCCAGCGUCCAGCCUGCCACCUUUCCCGGUGCUGAGGACCUGGACCCACGUCCUGCUUCAGAUCCUGACCUUGGUGCUGGGAGCUGUCCAGGGCCUCUUCCCCGAGGAGCCGCAACCCCUCGCAGUGGCACCACGGGAUUACCUAAAGCAGUACCCAGUGUUCACAGGCAGUGGUCCAAGCCGCUUCCCUCCAGCCUCUAGCACCGAAGGGCUCAACAUUCAACGUAUGCUUCGGGUCAACAGGACCCUGUUCAUUGGAGACAGGGAUAACCUGUACCGAGUAGAGCUGGAGCCUCCCACAGCCAGUGAACUGCGCUACCAUCGGAAGCUGACCUGGCAGUCAAAUCCAAAUGACAUCAACAUCUGUCGGAUGAAGGGGAAGCAGGAGGGUGAAUGCCGUAACUUUGUGAAGGUGCUGUUGGUUCGAGAUGAUAACACCCUCUUUGUGUGUGGGUCCAACGCGUUCAACCCUAUCUGUGCCAACUACAGCAUGGACACCCUCGAGCCUAUGGGAGACAACAUCAGUGGGAUGGCCCGGUGCCCCUAUGAUCCCAAACACGCCAAUGUUGCCCUCUUCUCUGGUGGGAUGCUUUUCACAGCGACUGUCACUGACUUCCUGGCUAUUGAUGCUGUCAUCUACCGAAGUCUGGGCGACAGCCCCACACUCCGCACAGUCAAGCAUGAUUCCAAGUGGUUCAAAGAGCCUUAUUUCGUCCAUGCCGUGGAGUGGGGAAGUCACGUGUAUUUCUUUUUCCGAGAGAUUGCCAUGGAGUUCAACUACUUGGAGAAGGUUGUGGUGUCUCGUGUGGGCCGCGUGUGCAAGAACGAUGUGGGUGGCUCCCCUCGAGUAUUGGAGAAACAAUGGACAUCCUUCCUGAAGGCCCGACUCAACUGCUCUGUACCUGGAGACUCUCACUUCUAUUUCAACGUCCUCCAGGCUGCCACUGGCAUCCUCAAUUUGGGAGGCCGUCCUGUGAUCCUGGCCCUCUUUUCUACCCCUAGCAACAGUAUCCCUGGCUCGGCUGUCUGCGCCUUCGACAUGGGCCAGGUGGCAGCUGUCUUUGAGGGCCGCUUUCGAGAACAGAAGUCGCCAGAGUCCAUUUGGACUCCAGUGCCUGAAGAGCUGGUACCCAAGCCUCGGCCUGGGCUCUGUGCAGCCCCUGGAAUGCCCUACAAUGCUUCCAGUGCCUUCCCCGAUGAGAUCCUCAACUUUGUCAAGACCCACCCUCUUAUGGAUGAGGCAGUACCUUCCCUGGGCCAUGCCCCCUGGAUCGUGCGCACCCUUGCCCGACACCAGCUUACCCGAGUAGCUGUGGACACCAGUGCAGGGCCCUGGGGGAACCAGACCGUUGUCUUCCUGGGUUCUGAUACGGGCACUGUGCUGAAGUUCCUAAUCCGACCCAGUAGCAACUCCCGGGGCCCCACUGAGCAGAGCGUCUUUCUGGAGGAGUUUGAGACCUACCGGCCCGACAGGUGCGGGCGUGGCCCUGAGGAGAGCCGGAGGCUUCUGAGUCUGGAGAUUGACCCCACAGCUGGGGCCCUGCUGGUAGCCUUCCCUCGGUGUGUGGUCCGUGUGCCCGUGGCCCGUUGUCAGCAGCACUCGGGUUGCAUGAAGAACUGCAUCGGCAGUCAGGACCCAUACUGUGGCUGGACACCUGAUGGUUCCUGCAUCUUCCUGGCCCCAGGCACCAGGGCUAUCUUUGACCAGGACAUCUCUGGAGCUAGCACAUCUGGCUUAGGGGACUGUACUGGGCUUCUUCGGGAAAGCUUCAUGGAGGAGCGGGCUGGCCUCGUGUCUGUGAACUUGCUGGUGACUUCCUCGGUGGCUGCCUUUGUCAUUGGGGCCGUGGUCUCGGGCUUCAGCGUCUGCUGGUUCGUGGGGCAUCGAGACCGGCGGGAGUUGGCUCGCCGCAAGGAUAAGGAGGCGAUCCUGGCCCAUGGCGGGGAGGGCCAGGUGGUGAGCGUGAGCCGCCUGGGUGAGCGGCGUGGGGGGGCCGGGCCGCGGGCUGGGCCCCCUGAGACCCUGCUGGCCCCCCUCAUGCAGAACGGCUGGCCCCAAGCAGCCUUGCUACAGGCCGGCCAGCACGAACUCGCCUCGGGCCUCCUGCCCACCCCCGAGCAGACCCCGCUGCAGCAGAAGCGCUGCCCCGGCGGACUGCCGCGGCGCGGCUGGGAGCAGACGCAAGGAGUCUUGCACACCGUGCUCCGGGAGCCCUCUGGAAACGCCCCGUCCCUUGGUGCUGCGUCCUCCUCUUCCUCUUCCAUCAUCCUGCUGCACAGUGGCGGGCACGGGCCAGACCCCGAGGCGGGCGGCGACGUGCGUUUCCUGCCUUCGGCUAUGGCCGGGGGCCGGGACCAAGUGGGCGGAGUGGCCCCCUCCCAAGCCAGGUCGGGCCGGGCCUCCUACGUCGACUUCCCCAUCACACCCCACGCCAGCCCUGACCGGCGGCGGGUAGUUUCAGCGCCUACGGGCCACCCGGACCCAGCCACUGACAGCCUCUCGAGGCCCUGGAGCCCUCCCACCGGGAGCCUGACGAGAAGCGGCCCGGCCGCCCCCGCCCUGCGGCGCACUCACACCUUCAACAGCGGCAGCAGUGAGAGUCGCCCGGGGGAGCCCCCCCACGCCCGCCGCCCCCGCCCGCUCACAGACUUUGCCCGCUUGCUCCCCUACGGGCCUGAGAGGACUGCACCCCCUGUGCAGUAAAGGCGGGGGACACAGCCCAUCGAUGCCCCCCGAUAUCCUCUUGGCCUCCACUUCCCUGGCAAGGGGACCCAGGCACGGUGCCUGCCAGCUCGGGCACAGGAAGAAGCUGGCCAGGCGAAGGAUGGCCCCUAGGCCCUCAUCAAAGCAACAGCCGGCCCUGGUCCUCCUCCAAGCAGGGUGCUUCUGGGGAGUUGGGGUUCCUUCUCACACCGGCCCUCCGCGGCACCCCCGGGGAGCACAAGAAGCACAAGAGCGUUGAUCCCUUCCCUCGGGGGUUGGAAGAAGCUGUGCUGGUCUGGGAUGGGAAGGAUUGGGAGUCAGGGGACUUGGUUUCGAAUCCCUGCCCUGCCUCUGACUAGCGGUCACCUGACCUCUUUGGGCCCGAGAGUCCUUGUCUGCGAAGCGAGGGACUAGAUUGGACUAGAUGGUGUCUUAAGGCCCCUUCCAGCUCUCCGUCCUACCAUCCCUAUGAUUGGAGACUGGCCUAUCAUUUCUUAUCUGCCAUUCUCCUGGUUGUUUUUCUUUUCUGUUUCAUUUUUCUUUUUAAUGAAUUGCACAAUCUCGGGCUCAGUGGGCCGGGCCGAGGAACUGCCCCCUGGCCAGGGGCGUGGCCUGGACAGAGCUCCCCCCUCCCUUGCCCCUGGGUGUCCCUCCCCCACCAAAUGGUCCCUUGGGCCAGGGGUCCUCUGAGUUGGGUGUGCGUGUGUGUAUGUGUGUAUGUGUGUGGGGGUCGCUGGGUAGGUAUAUGUGUGUGUGAGCGUGUGCAUGCCCGUGUCCAUCCUGGAGGAAGGGAGCAGUGGGAGAGGGCGCGUCCGUGUACAGGGGCCGCAGCUGGCGUGUGGCGAUUGUGGGGUCAUCGGUACAGGCUGGUGGGAGCCAUCUGCGACUUAGCCAGCAGGAGGCAGAGCCUGAGUAAGCAUGGUAGGUACGGAGCCAGUAUUACUGGUAUCUAGCAGGAGCUCUAGAGGCGAAGUGGCUCAGACUGGCAGGGGGUCAUGGGAGGUGGGAUCCCACCCCUUCAGGGAAGAUGGCCGUGUGUCUGCCAGCUUGGGGAGGAGCUUGGGUCUUCACCUCUCCCAUUCCAGCCCAACCUCCCCCCCCUUCUCCCCCUCAUCCCUCACUCCAUGCUCCAGACACUGCUGUCUAAAGGGCUCUGGUUUGGUGUGGCUCAGGGGAGGGGGCCCUGGGGGGUACAGUACCCCUGUAAAAUAGGGUCCCAGGGUAGGGAGAAGGUCCCCAGCACCUCCCAUCCUCUCGUGACCUGUGACCUUCCACCUUUGACCUGCAGGUCAUGCAUGCAACAGCUGUGCUCUGUAUUAACUCUGGAAUUAGCCCUCUCCCCCCACCCCCCAAAUAAAACUCUGUUUACAACA